UGGACUCAUUUUUCUCCUCGUAUAAUAUAUAGUUGAGCUAACUUGUUGAUGAUAAAGGAGCGUACACGUUCGUAUGUGACCGCAAGCCUGAGGCCCUCAGCUUACAGGCACCAAAAACGAAGAAGACGGCCGACACCAUAUUUGUAUGAACCUUCGUUUUUCUCUAUAAAUCAUCAUAAUUAAUUAAUAACCCAUAAAAUUACCUUUACUUUUCAUUCUUGAAUUCACCCCAAAAUAGCAAUUCUUGAAAAAAAAAAAAAAGGAUGUCUUUUUCUCUCGUCUCCUUAUCUUGUUCUUCAUGUUCUACAGUUUCUAGAACUUUCUCUUCAGAAACUUCUUUACCGCCGUUUAAUUUACUUACCCUUUUAAGGAAUCAGUCUAAUUUUAGCUAUGGUGGAACAAGUAAUAGAGUUUUCGGUUCCGGUACCGGUUCGUGUUGUUCGCGUUCUUCGGGUUGUUUUGUUUCGGCUGCCGAUGUUGUGGUUCCGAGGGCUUUUUCGUCUUCCUCUGAAUUUGAAUUUUCCUCUUGGGAUAGAAAUUGUGAUGGGGAGAAUUCGCAUGUUGGGUCAGGUGAGAAUGAUGAACAAGGGGAUGAGACUGACUAUGAUGAACAAAUCUUGAUUGUUGAUGAGGAAGAUGUGGGGAACUUGGGUUCUGAUUUUCCUCAAAGAUGGGAUGUUUUGGGUCUUGGUCAAGCUAUGGUUGAUUUUUCUGGUGUGGUUGACAAUGAAUUUCUGGAAAAGCUUGGAUUAGAGAAGGGUACCAGAAAGGUUGUCAAUCAUGAGGAAAGGGGUAAAGUUCUGAGUGCGAUGGACGGAUGCAGCUACAAGGCCGCUGCGGGUGGAUCACUUUCUAAUAGUCUGGUUGCCUUGGCCAGGCUUGGUGGUCAGCCAAUAGCAGUUCCUGCUCUGAAUGUAGCCUUGGCUGGUAGUGUUGGAAGUGAUCCAUUGGGUGGAUUUUACAGAUCCAAACUUCGACGAGCAAAUGUGAAUUUUUUAUCAGAACCAGUGAAGGAUGGGACGACAGGAACUGUUAUAGUCCUCACAACUUCUGAUGCUCAGCGAACAAUGCUAGCAUAUCAGGGUACAUCGUCAAGGAUAAACUAUGACCCAUGCUUGGCGGACGCAGUUACUAAAACAAAUAUAUUGGUUGUGGAAGGAUAUUUGUUUGAACUUCCUGAUACAGUCCGAACAAUUUCAAAAGUCUGCGAGAAAGCCCGCAAGAAUGGAGCAUUAGUUGCCAUCACAGCAUCAGAUGUGUCCUGCAUUGAGAGACAUUAUGAUGAUUACUGGGAAAUCAUGGCAAAUUAUGCAGAUAUAGUAUUUGCGAACAGCGAAGAAGCAAGAACAUUCUGUCAUUUUUCAUCAAAAGAAAGUCCCCUUUCUGCUACAAGGUACCUUAGCCACUUUGUCCCUUUAGUUUCCGUCACAGAUGGGCCUAAAGGUUCUUACAUUGGCGUGAAAGGUGAAGCUAUCUAUAUUCCUCCGUCACCAUGCAUGCCCGUGGAUACCUGUGGUGCAGGGGAUGCUUAUGCAUCAGGUAUUUUGUAUGGACUAUUGAGGGGCGUGUCCGAUUUGAAAAGUAUGGGUUCCAUAGCAGCCAAGGUUGCAUCCGUAGUUGUUGGGCAACAAGGUACUAGGCUUAGGGUACAAGAUGCUAUUAGGUUGGCAGAGUCAUUUUCCGUCCACUGCAGGAACUCAACUAUUUGGUCCGAUCAGAUUUCCAGCUUGUAAUGUUCCUAGGAGGUAAGCAGAGCCCCGGUGAGCAGAGUUGCCCGAUACAUGUGCUUGUGGGAGGCAGCAAGUGCCCUUGGAAUUAGUUGAGGUGCGGUUAUUGUUUGUAGAAUUAGUUCCUCUCUCACAUUAUUAGCUCUUGAGCUGUGUACAUUGACAUUCAUUGUAAUUAUUCACGUAAUUGGUUUAAUGAAUUCAACAAAAGAUUUAUGGAAAUUGAAUUUGCUUCA